AUGUCGACAGAGAACAAAGCCCCCGCAACGAAGCUUGGAGCUUCAAGCGAAGAUGCUUACCGAACGAGGUCGAUACAAGAUCUGAUGUCUCUGAAAGGCAGGGUCACUGUCGUCACCGGCGGAGCACGGGGCAUCGGUUUGGCACUGGCCAGGGGCGCUGCAGAGCUGGGAAGCAAUGUCGCCGUCCUCGAUAUCCUCGAAAAGCCAUCUGAUGCUUUCUUCGAUUUCGAAAAGGAACUACAGGUCACAGCCAAAUACUAUCGAACAAGCGUCACAGAUCCAGAUAGCCUGACUCGAAGCUUCGAAGCUGUGGCGAAGGAUUUCGGUCGCAUAGAUAACUGCGUCACCGCAGCCGGCAUUGUGCACGAUAAACCGUUCCUUGAGACGACUUGGGACGAGGGCGCCAGGAUCCUACAAGUCAAUGUAAUGGGUACAAUGCUAAGCGCGCAACUGGCUGCCAAACAAAUGCGAGCCCAAAACACUGGAGGGAGUAUCGUGAUGAUAGCAUCGGUGUCAGCUCAAUCUGCCCUACCAACUCAGAGACUGAACAUAUACGCCGCCUCCAAAGGCGCUGUCAAGUCCCUCUGCGUGCAGCUGGCGGUAGAGCUUGCCCCGCUGGGAAUUCGCGUGAAUACUGUAUCCCCUGGUUUCAUCGCCACGGAGAUGACCAAAGGGUUGGCCAUCACGAGACCUGAAUUGCUGACAGUGUUCAAGUCUGCACCACCGAUGGGAAGGAUAGGAGACCGCGCUGAUCUCAAGGGCGUCGUCGGAUACCUUCUGAGCGAUGCCGCAGCAUAUACGACCGGGGCUGAUGUCCUUGUUACUGGCGGCGUGCACGCUGGACAAUUGUAG